AUGACGACAGAAGAGCUGUCCGCCGAUUUAAAAAAGAUCUAUGGAAAUCUUGCGAAUAUUGAGGCAAAAUGUAUCACCAUAGAUGCCGCUCAAGCCGCCGAGCCUCGUGCGCCACUCACCAACGAGCAGUGGCAGACGCUGAUAGCGUUGCAUCGCACCCUGCUGUACGAUCAUCAUGAUUUUAUCAUGGCUACUCAGCAUAAGGCAGCAACUCCUGCAAUGAACGGCUUGCCAUUCAAGUACAGUAUGCCUGCCAGGAUGUGGAAGCACGGGAUCCAUGCGUUCCUCGAAGUCCUCAGACACCGAAGACCGGAAUCUCACGAUUACAUGUUAGCUUUCAUUUACCUCGCGUAUCAGAUGAUUGCUCUUUUCCUAGAGACUGUUCCUAGCUACACGGACACUUGGAUUGAAUGCCUAGGAGAUCUCGCGCGAUACCGUAUGGCUAUCGAACCCGAGAAGGAAGCUCAUACAGCCUGGGGUGGUGUAGCGGCGCGAUGGUACACUCUAGCUUCAGACCGCAGUCCGGAUGUCGGUCGACUGUACCACCACCUUGGGAUCUUAGAACGACCCAGUCUUCGGAAACUCUGCUUCUUUGUGAAAUCGCUGACUUGCUGGGUCCCAUUCACGAAUGCCCGAGAUUCCCUAGCAACUCUUUGUGGUCCUUUCGUGCAGGACGAUGCUGCUAUCGAGCGAAGCGCCGGAUCUCUUGAGGCUAGAGUCGUCACAUUCCAUGCCCUGGUCUGUUCCAACAAGGAUUCGCAGACGGUCGGUCGGGUUAAGGCUGAUGCUGUACGACUGCUCUCCGAGCUCCCGCUGUCCCUACCCAAGAUUGGGCCUUAUCUAGCGAUCACUAACAUUGGCAGCCUCUUCGAGCGUGGGUAUCCUCAGAAUCCCUUGUGGCGGCUCUACACGACAGCCUCGAACAAUGCGAAAUCUUCGGCACGUGGCGCGACAUCUGUGAAUGAUGGGAGAAUCGAUCUCCUGUCUGCAAAUACCUUCCAGGCGCAGAUGAGCGACGCGCUCGCAUUUAGCGCCGACUUCUGCUAUAAAGCAUUUGACGUGCUCCUGCAUCCAUGGGAAGAUGAGAUAGUAUUGAAGGACAACCUCUCAUUUGUUCACAUCAUGCUGGCGUGGCAGCAUUCCUUGCACACACUUCGAUCCUCCACGGACAACAAAAGCUUACUGGAUGAACAAUUUUGCACUCUCGUUGACCCUAGCAGGGUGUCUUGGGCACGAUUGGCCAAAUUCUUGAAUCAGCUGGCCAAAUUCCACCCUGUGAACGCGCGCAUCCUCGCACAUGGUAGAGAUGGCAGCUUUCCUAUAUUGGAGCCCGCUCAGGCCCUGUCCGAGGACUUCCUGAUUCGUGGUCUCAUCUGGAGCCGAGGGUAUCAUCCUGCCGACCACUUCAAGAACCAGAGCGAAGACGAUGGACGCAACAUUGAGUCCAAGGCCACUAAUAAGCUCCGAGCAGACCGAGUGCUAUGGCUUGGGCUUUUCCUGGCGUUCCAAGCGCGAUACCUUCACUACGACGAAGAGGCCAAACUUUUUUCUGCCAAUGAGAACACUGCCUGGAAGGUCAGCAGUCAUGAGGUUGAGUUGGUCGACAUACCGAGAUCCAGUGUCCAAUCGCCUUCGAUGACUGAGGACACAACAAUGAAAUCGUACUCGGGCAAACGAUCAACGUCCUCGAGAUCGAAUAGCGAAGAUGGGUUUGUCAAGGUCGCAAGACUGAGCCAAUCGUGGUCACGCGGCCCUACGCCCCGAAAUCCUCUGAACAUACCCAAGCAAUGGAGUUCCCGGGAUGGUGCGCCUAGCUGA